CAAAGAAGAAAGCCAAGAGGUCAGAGCUAAGAGCUAAAACCUUACCCUUCCUCCUGCGGUGGUCCUACCUCUCCGAACCAGAGCUACCCCUGUGUUAAAGUCUUUAUAUAGAGUUCCUGUCCUGCCUUCUCAUUGGUUGUAAACCCAACCACAUGACCGCCUCCUCACAGCCUGUCUGUAUAGGCCUCCAGGUUUUCCAUGAUUGGUAUUAAGAUUAAAGGCAUGUGUAUCCAAUAAUGGCUGUAUCCCUGAACACACAGAGACUUACCCAGCUCUGCCUACCAAGUGCUGGAAUUACAAGCGUACGCUACCACUGCCCUGCUUUCCUAUGGCUUGCUAAUAGCUCUGACCCCCGGGCAACUUUAUUUAUUAACAUACAAAUAAUAUUUUAAUACAAAUAAAAUAUCACCAUACAACUGUUUUUUUUGAAGACAGGAUCUGUCUAUGGUCUUGGCUGUCCUCAGAGAUCCAUCUGCCUCUGCCUCCCAAGUCCUGACACUAAGGGCAUGUGCCAUCAUGCCUAUUUUUUUUUAAAAAACAACAACAACAUUGUUGCCUGGUUGUGGCGGCACACACCUUUAAUACCAGCACUCCAGAGGCAGAGGCAGGAGGGUCUCUGAGUUUGAGGCCAGCCUGGUCUACAAAGCAAGUUCCAGGGCUACAUAGAGUAAUCCUGUUGCAAAACAAAGAAAACCACCCCAAACAAACAAAUCAAAACCCAUUAUUGAAAAGGAAAGAACCCAAGCUCAUCAGGAGUGCUUUGGAUGUGGCGAGUUCUGCCUAGAGUCUGAUCCAGUCAGGAGGGCAGAGAACUAGGUCGAAUGGACCAGGGCCUGCCCCUGCUCUCAGGGGAUGUUCAGGUAUCCACGCUCUCUCCAGACAACCUCCAAAUACAUCCCUAAUGUGGCUGAGCACAAGGACUAGGAGAUUUUUGAGCCACACAUUUGACUGUAUCUGACUCAGUGAUGCAUUCCUACCUACGUGUGACUCCAGCCUUUCUGAAAUCACUCCUCCCAAACUGAACAGGUUCUGAGCACCAAAGCCUCACUAAGUAAAUCAGGAUUCAUGACAGAAUGUGAUGUGGCACAGUGGCACACACCUGUGGCCCCAACUAUUUGAGUCCUGAGAAAGGAAGAUGACUCGAACUCUGAAGCUUAGGGCUAGCCUGAGCUACAAAGUGAGACCUAAUCUCAAAAAAAAAAAAAGCAACUGCCGCGCAGUGGCGGCGCACACCUUCGAUCUCAGUACUGGGGGGCGGGGGCAGAGCCAGGGGGAUCUCUGUGAGUUCGAGGCCAGCCUGGUCUAUAGAACGAGCUCCAGUACAGGCUCCAAAACUGAGAAACCCUGUUUGGGAAAAAAACAAUAAAACAACACUUAAAAGGUCCCACAAUCUUUACAAAUUUAAACACUUUAAAAUUCAGUUGUUUCCUUAAUUCAGUCUUUUUUUAAGCCUAAAAUCUCUAAAAAAUUAGUCUCUCACCUGUGGGGUUCUAUCAAAAAUAAAAUACAUCCUUACUUCAAGAGGGAAGAACCAGGGCACAGUCACGACCAAAUCAAAGCAAAACCAAACUCCAGCUGUGUACACAACACAAUGUCCAGUGUCUGGGAUCCGCUCGAGGUCUUCUGGGUUCCUCCAAAGGACAAGGGUCACUCUCUGACUCUGCCCUCUGCAGCACACACAACUUGUCUUCUAGGCUCCAGCUGGCUCCACCCCACUGCUGCUGCUGUUCUUGGUGUUAUCCAUGGUGCUGGCAUCUCCAACAUGCUGGGUCUUCUGCUGACCCCGGGCUGCACUUUCACCAAUAGCCUCUUUCGGAUUCUCCUCGUAGUGCCAAACCUUAGCUUCUCUACAUGACCCCUUCAGUCCUGGGGCUUCAACGGCCACUGAAGCCGCACCUUCACCAAUGGCCUCUCCUGGCCUCUCCCAGUGCCAAGCCUCAGCUGCUCUCCAUGACACCCUCAUUCCUUCAAAACCAGUACCACCUGGGUGACUCUUACACUACCAAGUUUGGGGUACAAUCUUGGCUGCCUCUGGAACAUAGCUUCUGUGUGCUCUCAGAAACACUUCCCAGAAGAUUUCACCCCCAAUGACGCUGGUCCCAUCUUAAUCAUUGCUAAUUUCUUAGCUUCAGCUGACCAGCAUCAAGUGUCUCAGCAAAGCAAAGGUUUCACUUUAUUGGUCUCGGUAUCUUGUUAAUCACAGCUGAUUCUUCAGCCCCAGGUAACCAGAACCACAGAAUCUUAACUCAAAGUAACAAACGGCCCUGAUAGUCUCUUAACUUCCUUCUGAAACAUUACAAGCCAGGCCUCCAUCUUCUGUAUUGCUCUCAACAUUCCUACCUUUUGUUUUGUUUGGUUUUGUUUUUGGUUUUUGGAGACAGGGUUUCUCUGUGUAGCCCUGGCUGUCCUGGAUCUCACUGUGUAGACCAGGCUGACUUCGAACUCACAGAGAUCUGCCUGCCUCUGCCUCCCGAGUGCUGGGAUUAAAGGCAUGCGCCACCACUGCCCAGCUGUCCUCGGCAUUCUUGUCUUCCAAGCUCCUACAGAACAGCCCAAUCAAGCACUGAACCUUCAAUGACUUUUCUUGGACAAAAUCCAAAGUCCUUCCACAAUCCUCCCCCAAACAUGGUCAGGUCUGUCACAGCAAUACCCCACUAUCCUGGUACCAAUGUACCUUAAUUGGGGUUCCUAUUGCUGUGAUGAAACACCAUGACCAAAGCAACUUUUAGAGGAAACUGUUUACAGGGCUUACACUUCCACAUUGUAGUCCAUCACUGAAGGAAGUCAGGACAGGAACUCAAGCAGGGCAGGAACCUGGAGGCAGGAGCUGAUGCAGAGGCCAUGGAGGAGUGCUGCUUACUGGCUUGCUCCUCACGGCUUGCUCAGCCUGCUUUCUUAUAGAACCCAGGACCACCAGCCAGAGAUGGCACCAUCUAGUGCAGUGGUUCUCAACCUGUGGGUCAAGACCCAUUUGGAGUUAAAGGACCCUUCCACAGGGGUUUCAUAUCAGAUAUCCUGCAUAUCAGAUAUUUAUAUUACAAUUCAUAACAGUAGCAAAAUUACAGCUAUGAAGUAGCAAAGAAAUAUUUUAUGGUUGUGGUCACCAUAAUAUGGGGAACUGUAUUAAAGGGCUGCAGCACCAGGAAGGUUGAGAACCACAGCUCUGGUGCUUCCCGUAUUCGUCCUAACAGCUGGUUGUCAUUUCUAUUCACUGAGGGAUUACGUCAUAUUUGGCUGUCUCCCUGCUGACUAGGGCAGUGGCAAUGUGUGUUUUCAGUUACCACUGUACCCCAGCAUCUAGCUCAGAAUUUACGAAAUACUACAUAUUCAAGAAAUGCUGCCGGGCGGUGGUGGCGCACGCCUUUAAUCCCAGCACUCGGGAGGCAGAACCAGGCGGAUCUCUGAGUUCGAGGCCAGCCUGGUCUACACAGUGAGAUCCAGGACAGGCACCAAAACUACACAGAGAAGCUCUGUCUUGAAAAACAAAAACAAAAAACAAAAAACAGAACAGAGAGAGAGAGAGAGAGAGAGAGAGAGAGAGAGAGAGAGAGAGAGAGAGGUGCUUGUCGGGCCUGGGGCUGUGGCUCCUGUGAACGGAAAGCAGGCUUCCCAACGUUUCCCACACUGCCUCCUGUGCCUCAUGAAUUUCCUGAUCACAAUGUCCCUCUGGAAUGUACCCUGUCCUCUAUCCCUCACGAGCCCACCUUAGUUAAGCCUUAUCAUCUUUCCCCUGGACCUCUCCUCAGCAUCUCAGCUGGUCUCUCUCUCCAAUGGUCUUAUGAUGCAUCCCAUACCAGCAUUUUAAGGAGUAUUCUAAGUCGCAGAGCAAUCUCUUCUUGGUCUGGCCAGGGGCUCCAUAUUCUCUCACAUCCUAGAUCCGUCAUCAAGCCCUGUAGAUCCACCACGGUUCAAAUAUGCAGCCUCACUGGGCGUCUCUCCUAGGGCUCUCCCUCUUUUGAACCAUACCCCUCAAGACACACAGAGCUGCACAGACAUCCAGAUGGAUGGCAAGGUCACGAUAUAUUCGGAUCACAGUCUGGGGAGUCUUGUCAGGCCAUAAAUGCAGGAAAGUGGCAGGAACUACAGAAUCACUUUCAAGUCCCUACGAACAAGCUGACAGAGUGGUGACAGGGUCUCUGUCCAGCGUAGCGACGGGCCUGUGCCCAGCCGGGUUGUAAUUCAUGCUGGCGCUGUGAGAGAGGGCAGCCUGACCACAGACUCCCCAGCAGAGCUGAGGAUUAGCAAUUAACUGGAAGGAAUCUUGGGGGUAAAGUUAAUUUAGUGGGGGACCAGAGGGAGGGCAGCUAAAGUUCUAGAGACUUUGCCCUUGACCCGAGGGUAUAAAGAGGAGGGCCUCCAUUCCUCCUUAGACUUCCCCAAGCCGCUGAGCAGGAGCUGAGACUUAGAACUUCAAGGUAAGCCCAGGGCCCACGUCCUUGAACCAGCCCAUCACCCCUGCUCUAUGUGUUCUCUCCUCCUGCUCCCUGUGACAUCCCAAUCCCAGCCCAGCCUGCUUUGCCCGACUCCACCCUGAGCCCCUGCCCUGCUGUGGGACACUCUAGUCAUAGCGGUACCUGUAUUUGUCACAGCACCUGGUGGCCUUUUCUAUUCUCUGAGAGAUUACGUCAUCUGCAGCUGUCUCCCUGCUAGACUUUCAACAUCCCAAGGGCAGUGGCUUUUUUUAGUUAGUUUGUGCGUGUUUUCUGUUACCACUGUACCCCAGCAUCUAACUCAGAACUUAGAAAAUACUAAGCAUUCAAGAAAUGCUCGUUGGGACUGGGGAUGUGGCUCGACAUUGGAGUGCUUGCCUACUAUGCUGAGGCCCUAGGUUCCAUUUCCAGCACUGCAAGACAAAACAGCUAUAAAACCGUGCUGAAUGGAUGAGAUGACACUCGGAUCUGUGACGAGCACCUCGGUGUGCAUCUCUAGGUGUGUCCGAGGAUAGACUCACACACCCUAGGCUGACUGUCAUGUGGGUGUGGAUGUGUACCAGACACAGCAAUUGUCAGCUUCCUUCUAACCGCUUGACACCUAGGACUCACUGUGGGUGCCCAGCAUGAUGUCCUAUGGAGAGAGAGUGGGGGGACCGGCUGUCUCCCCACUUCCAGUCCGCGGGAGACACGUGGUGCAUGGGGCGGCCUUUGCUUAUGUGCCCAGCCCACAAGUCCUGCACAGGAUUCCAGGGACAUCCACCUAUGCAUUCUCCAGUCUGAGCCCGGUGACCCUCACAGAGCACAGCUGUCCCUAUGGGGAGGUCCUGGAAUGUCAUGACCCACUACCUGCCAAGCUGGCCCAGGAAGAGGAGCAAAAGCCAGAGCCCAGGCUGCCCCAGAAGCUGCGCCAGGUUGGCACAAAGCUCCUCAAGGUACCGCUGAUGCUGAGCUUCCUGUAUCUCUUCGUCUGCUCCCUGGACGUGCUCAGCUCUGCCUUCCAGCUAGCCGGAGGGAAGGUGGCUGGUGAUAUCUUCAAGGACAAUGCCAUCCUGUCCAACCCAGUGGCAGGGCUGGUAGUGGGAAUCCUGGUGACAGUACUGGUUCAGAGCUCCAGCACCUCAACAUCCAUCAUUGUCAGCAUGGUCUCCUCUGGCUUGUUGGAGGUGAGCUCUGCCAUUCCGAUCAUCAUGGGCUCCAACAUUGGAACCUCGGUCACCAACACCAUCGUGGCCCUAAUGCAGGCAGGGGACAGGACUGACUUCCGGCGGGCUUUUGCAGGGGCCACAGUGCACGACUGCUUUAACUGGCUGUCUGUUCUGGUCCUGCUGCCCCUGGAGGUUGCCACGGGCUACCUGCAUCACGUCACCGGACUCGUGGUUGCCUCCUUCAACAUUCAUGGUGGCCAAGAUGCUCCUGACCUUCUCAAGGUCAUCACAGAACCCUUCACAAAGCUCAUCAUCCAGCUGGACAAGUCUGUCAUCACCAGCAUUGCCGUGGGGGAUGAGUCCCUGAGGAAUCAUAGUCUCAUCCGGAUUUGGUGCCACCCAGACCCACCAAAGGCUCCCACUUCUAUGUCCAGGACAGAGGCCAACAUCAGCCUUUCAAAUACCACCAUGGAGAAAUGCAACCAUAUCUUCGUGGACACGGGGCUGCCUGACUUGGCUGUGGGGCUCAUCCUGCUGGCUGGCUCCCUGGCGGUCCUGUGCAGCUGUCUCAUUCUCCUCGUCAAGAUGCUCAACUCUCUGCUCAAGGGCCAAGUGGCCAAUGUCAUCCAGAAGGUCAUCAAUACGGACUUCCCAGCGCCCUUCACCUGGGUCACGGGCUACUUUGCCAUGGUCGUGGGUGCCAGCAUGACCUUUGUGGUCCAGAGCAGCUCUGUGUUCACCUCAGCCAUCACCCCACUCAUUGGCCUGGGUGUGAUCAGCAUUGAGCGUGCCUACCCUCUCACACUGGGCUCCAACAUUGGCACUACCACAACAGCCAUCCUGGCAGCACUGGCCAGCCCCAAGGAGAAGCUAUCAAGCUCCUUUCAGAUCGCCCUCUGCCACUUCUUCUUCAACAUCUCGGGCAUCUUGCUGUGGUACCCGCUGCCCUGCACACGCCUGCCCAUCCGCAUGGCCAAGGCACUGGGCAAACGCACCGCCAAGUACCGCUGGUUUGCCGUCCUCUACCUCCUCGUGUGCUUCCUGCUUUUGCCUUCCCUGGUGUUUGGCAUUUCCAUGGCAGGCUGGCAGGCCAUGGUCGGUGUGGGCGCACCCUUCGGGGCCCUGCUGGCCUUUGUGGUGCUUGUGAAUGUCCUGCAGAGCCGAAGUCCUGGGCACCUACCCAAGUGGCUGCAGACAUGGGACUUCCUGCCCCGAUGGAUGCACUCUUUGCAGCCCCUGGACGGCCUUAUCACACGAGCCACCUUGUGCUACGCCAGGCCUGAGCCCCGCUCACCCCAACUUCCCCCUAGAGUCUUCCUGGAGGAGCUUCCCCCUGCCACGCCCUCUCCUCGCCUUGCCCUGCCUGCUCACCACAAUGCCACCCGUCUCUAGGCUGCAGGCCUGGACUACUGCCUGGACCAGGGAACAGUGCUUUUAUGGAGCCCACAGUCAAAGGACAGAGGAGUGUGUGUGCACGUGUGUAGAGGCACAUCAGUUGAGAUUCAUGAUUUUGUGCCCCCUUUGGGUCUCCAUCCGUAUACAGGGCCAUAGUGAUGUGGGCUUUUGUAAGUAAGAGGCAGUGUGCACAAGCACACAUGUUAGAUGGUGAGUCUGUGUGACCAUCAGUAUAGGUAUAGUCCACAUGUGUGCAUUGUGUGUCAACCCAUGCACAUGUACAGACAAACCUACAUACAAAGUGUGUGUAUAUAUACAUACACACAGGAGGCUGUGCACAAGGUGCAGACUAUCUGGUCAUGAGUUUGGUUGUUUGGAGAUACAAGACCUGAGCUUG